ACUGUGGGUCUGUGUGUGUCUGUGGCUGUACUGCGGCGGAGAAGGCUUUAUGUGAGGUGACCGGAACCGGUUGAAACCGGUUUGAGGCAGCAGACGAAGGGCUGAGGAAACAAUGACGGCUCUGUGCUACAGGGAGGGAGAAAGCGGCCCUGACUGCUUAAUGGAGGCCAAAAUAGGGAGUUAUAGACCAGCAGCAAGGCACUUUCCUACCAUGAUGAGGGUAAGCCAUGCUCAGUGGCUGGGGAAAGGCAGCGGGCAGGGUUGGCUACCUCGCUGCACGCAGAGAGAGAGCAGUUCUCAGACAGGGGACGAUAAUGCAAUCCCGCACAGCCCUGGAGCCCUCUGUCUCACAGCACAGGGUCAUUGUCAGUCAGCUGGAGAUGGUUAUGGUGAUUGGUGCGGGACAGGAGGAAAUGGAUGACUGAGCUGGAUCACACCAUCUCCACCUCUAUGGAUGUAUUGUAACGUGACCCACCCUACCUCUCGUUGGGCCCAGCCUUCCUGCUUUGAGAAGUGGAGUGUAUAUAUAUAUUUUUUUUUGCAGGAAGAGGGGGGUGGUUGUUAUUGUUGGGACUGUGUGGUAGAAGGCAGGAAGGAAGGAAGGUUUUGUGACUACAGACAGUAGUGGCUGCAGUGGAGACAGGCUGGCUACAGAUCACAGGGUUCUUAAAUCAUCACACCAAGAUCAUGGGCGAUAUGAAGACCCCUGACUUUGACGACUUGCUGGCAGCCUUUGACAUCCCAGACAUGGUUGACCCGAAAGCAGCCAUUGAGUCAGGUCACGAGGAACCCCAUGAAGGUCAGCUCAAACACCCCAGCAUACCACAUGAGGAUGAGGAACAACUCCCUUCUGGAACUCCAGAUGUGGGAGUCAGCGUCAUUGUCAAGAAUGUCCACAAAAUGGAUGCCAAUGGAGACACAGAGAAGGAGGUCCAGGCUCACCCAACCACUAUAGGCAACCACAACAGACUUCACAAUGGCUUCCUCUCCAGUAAGACUCUGAAAGCUGCUGAGACUCAUCAUGCAUUGGCUAUCAGCUCUCACUCUACCUUCAAUCAAUUUAGUCCUAUUUCCAGUGCUGAGGAGUUUGAUGACGAUGAUAAGAUUGAAGUGGACGACCCACUGGACAGGGUGAAGCAAUGCAGUCUGCCAUGUUUUAGAACAAACCCUCUGACAGGGUUACCUGCCACUACCAAGAAAGAUGAGCAGCAGACCCAAAAAUCCAUACUGGUAGAACCUCAUAGCACAACCAUGCCUGGCACAAAUGGAGCGAGUGAUAGGUCUAAACUUGAUAAAAACAAUAACAACAAUAACACUUUAGGUACCAGUAACCCCAACUUGUUUGACUCCCCUAAACCAGCCAAAGAGGCAUCCAGGCCCCAGGAGGGAUUGCGGAAUGAGGCUGGGGACCCUUGUUCCCAGUCUGUGUCCUCUAGUUUCUCUCAGGCCAAGCAAGCCAAGUCAUCAGCCAAACUGUCCUCUUGCAUCGCUGCGAUAGCAGCACUUAGUGCAAAGAAAGCCACCACGGCAGACACUACUCACUCUGUUGUCUCUGAGUCUCUCCCUACCACCCAGAGAAACUCACUAACCACCCUUCCCAACAAAAGAGAAUCAAGAGAAUCUCCCAAGGACACCAGGCAGAGGGAGAGCCCCAGGGUUCCACUAGUGGAUAAGCCCCCAGACCAGGAAUCACCCUCAGCCCUGGAGGUGGCCCGAAGGCUGCUGUCCAAACACCCAGAGAGUCCAAGUAGCCCAGCCACCAGCGAGGGCAGUAGUAGAGGGUCCCGUUCCCCCUCCUACCCAUCCGCCUCCUCCCCCUCCAUACCUGUCAUCCCUAAAGUCCGGAUCAAAACAAUCAAGACCUCUUCUGGGCAGAUUAAAAGAACUGUCACCAGAGUACUCCCACAGCUGGCCCAAAGUGAGCUUGAUCCUGAAGGCCCAAAGAGAGGGGAUUUAGUGUCUGUCUCUGCUGCGUCAAUCAUGGUCUCCUCCCUCCUUUCCUCCCCAACCUCGUUGCGGCCUUCCUCCUUGCCCACCACAGGAGGUACAGCUAUGGAGAUUGCAAAGCAAAUGACCAUCAAACCUGUAGCAACUGCAUUCCUGCCUGUGUCAGCAGUCAAGACGGCAGGUACCCAGGUAAUUAACCUGAAGCUGGCCAACAACACCACUGUCAAAGCCACAGUGAUCCCAGCAGCAUCAGUGCAGAGCGCCAGUAACGCCAUCCUCAAGGCGGCGAACGCCAUCCACCAACAACAGCAGACCGUCAUGGUGCCCGCAUCUAGCCUGGCCAACGCCAAAUUUACCGUGCCAAAGACUGUUCACCUCACCAACUUCAACCUGCUCCAACAGACUAAGACCACAUCGGUGUCUGAACUCCACCAGGUGCUCUCCAGCUCUAAGACUCAGGGGCAGCAGCCAGUAAAGCAGGCCCUGCUGGCUACCCAGGUCCAGGCCCAGAAGAAGGGGGUCUCCAGGGUCCAGGUUCUAGCCAGCUCCCAGAGCUCUGUGGUGGAGGCCUUCAAUAAGGUGCUGAGCAGCAUCAACCCUGUCCCUGUAUAUGUUCCCAACCUCAGUCCCCCCUCAUCUGCCUGCAUCUCUCUGCCCUCCCGUGGCUACAGGUGUCUGGAGUGUGGGGACUCAUUUGCCCUGGAAAGGAGCUUAACUCAGCACUAUGAUCGCCGCAGUGUCCGCAUCGAGGUCACCUGCAACCACUGUGCCAAGAACCUGGUGUUCUACAACAAGUGUAGCCUGCUGUCCCACGCCCGGGGACACAAGGACAAAGGGGUGGUUAUGCAGUGUUCUCAUCUCAUCCUCAAACCCAUCCCUGCAGACCAGAUGAUCACUACAUCACCUCCAGUAUCCUCCACCACCAUCACCAACAACACGUCCACUGGAUUUACCCACAGCUCCACCAGCCAACAACCAGUGAAAGGCAUUGGUACCCAGGCCCAGGCAGCAGUGAUCUGUGCCCCCUCCAACGCUCCUCCAGUUGCAGCCAUGCCCCUUGAUGAGGACACGUCUCGACUCUGCCGAACAAGUCUUAAGUGUUUAGAGUGCAGUGAGAUGUUCCAGGAUGAGAACUCUCUAGCAAUACAUUAUCAGCAGGCGUCAGAGUCCAGCGGACAGAAAACCUGCACCAUCUGCCAAAUGCUGCUACCAAAUGGGUGCAGCUUUGCAUCCCACCAACGCAUCCACCAACAUAAGUCUCCUUACAUCUGUCCUGAAUGUGGAGCUAUCUGCCGCUCCGUCCAUUUCCAGUCCCAUGUGACUAGGAAUUGUCUCCACUAUACCCGCAGAGUGGGAUACCGCUGUGUCCAUUGUAGCGUCAUCUACGCUGAUGUGACUGCUCUGAAGACUCACAUCCAGAGUUCUCACUGUGAGAUCUUCUAUAAGUGCCCCAUUUGCCCCAUGGCCUUCAAGUCUGCCCCAGGCACACAAUCCCAUGGAUACACACAGCACCCUGGGGUCAAGAUAGGCGAGCCCAAGUUAAUCUACAAGUGUUCCAUGUGCGAUACAGUGUUCACCCAGCAGACUCUGCUUCAGUCCCACUUUGACCAACACAUUGCCAACCACAAAGUGUCUGUCUUCAAAUGUCCAGACUGCUCCAUGCACUAUGCUCAGAAACAGCUAAUGUUGGACCACAUCAAGGCCAUGCAUGGCACCCUAAAGACCAUUGAGGGUCCCCCUAAUCUAGGUAUCAACUUGCCACUCAGUACCAAACCCACCAACCCCAUGUCCUCUAGCCCCAACACCAACAUUCCCAAAACCGUCAAUGGUCUGAAUUGGGGGGAUAAGAAGACCUCUUCUACACCACUGAAAAAGGCUCAAAACACCACCACCUCAGCCUCCAAGAAGCCUCCAGCCCCUGGCUGGACGUGUGAGGACUGUGACCGUCUCUUCACCCAGAGAGAGGUGUUUGUAGCACACAUGAGACGGGAGCAUGGCAAGCAACUGAAGAAACAUCCAUGUCGACAAUGUGACAAGUCAUUCAGCUCCUCCCACAGCUUGUGUCGACAUAACAGGAUCAAGCACAAGGGGCUGCGCAAGGUUUACUUUUGCCCUCACUGUCCGGACCACAAUCGAACAUUCACUAAGCGCAUAAUGCUGGACAAGCACAUCCAGCUGAUGCAUGGUGGCAUCAAAGACCCUGAGGGGAAGGUGGCACCAGACUCAACUAACACAGAGAAAACCCCUCCUGUCAAGGCCCUAAGCCCCAAGCGGAAGCAGCAGGAUGAGGAGGGACCCCCUGUUCCCUGCUCUAAGGGCUCAACACCCACCCAACCCCUGAAGAAGCUUAAGGUCCACGUGUUUAAAGUGCACAAGUGUGCCGUGUGCUGCUUUACCACUGAGGACCUUGUCACAUUUCACGACCACAUCCCACAGCACAAGUCCAAUGGAUCAUCCUUCCAGUGCAGGGAGUGUGGUCUCUGCUACACCUCACCUCACUCCUUGGCCCGGCACCUCUUCAUAGUCCACAAACAGAAGGAGCCUCGGGAACUGGCCAGACGUAAUGGAACCUCGGCGACCGAUGAGAACCAGAUGGAUCCAGGGUCGGGGGACCGAAUAGAUGACGGGAUGCCUGAGACUAAGUGUAAAGUGUGUGGAAAGAUGUUUGAGACUGAAGGGAGCUUGAAUACACACAUGAGAACACAUGGCAUGGCCUUUAUAAAGUCAAAGAGACUGAAUGCAACUGAGAAAUAGACAGGGAGAGACUUAAUUGGCAUUCUGUAACAAUACUGUGUUACUGAAUCACUGUUGUGUCUAACAGAAUGUUGCUUCUGAAAAGAUUAGCCUCAAAACAUUGUGAAAUCAAAAGUACAAAAAUGACACUUUUCCUCCACCUACAUAAAUAAAAUGUACAGUAUAUACACAAUAUAUACAGUAUAUUUACACACAUUUCUAAUGUGUUUUAAAAUAUGUAAUAUAUUUAAGUUGAUUUAUGUGUAUUUCAGAUAACAUUUUGUACACUUUACAAAAUAGAUGUUUCUAUGGAUGUUGGAUAGAUAUUUUAUAGAAAAAUCUUUAUUUUAAAAGAGUGUUGUCUUCUGAAUAGUAUGGGAAUAUGGUAGAUACUGUAUAAAUGUUUAUAAUAUGGGAGAUUAAUCCUCAAAUACUGGCAGUGUUCUUUAUCACAAAUGCUGCUAAAUGUCAAUGGAGUCUGCUUUCAUAUCUGUUUGUGUUUUUUAAGUUCUUGGCUAUAAACCACAAACUGAUAUGGGACCAGGUUAUAAAUGCUUUAUCUCUGCAUUACUUAAUCAUGUGGUCAGGAUAGGGCCAUUUCUGCUUCAAUUAUGUAAGUUCAGUUCAAGAAUAAUAGAGUUGACUGGAUUUGCCCCUAAUUCUGUUCAUAUUAUUGGGACAAUCAGUUCAGAGACUUACCAGGAGUUUCUGUUUGGCUGAGCAUAGAUAGGUGGCCAAAUUCAGAUUUUUGAAAUUACUAAUUGUUCUUUUGACUAAUAACAUCAGAUCUUUUUACAUUUUUAGAUCUUUUCCAGGUCUGGUCUGAUUGGUAAAAACCAAGUUGUGACAUAAAAUAUCUGAAUUUGUAUUCUCUAAAGUUAUUAGGCCAUUUUACGCAUUUCUCCAUUUUAAGACAAAGUCACAUUGGCAUUGUUUACACAGGCAGCCCAAUUUAGCUGUCUAUCUGGUUGUUGGCCUAAUAUAAAGAGCAUUAAAUGGUAUGGAAUCUGUUCUUUUGAUUCCAGUUUAUACAAACUUCAUGUGCGUUUACUAAAGCAGCCCAAUUCAGAAUUCAUUUCUUCACAAAUUACCAUGUUGAUCAGUCAGUUAAGUUCUGAAAAUGACUGAGAAAGAUUUUGGUGGGAAAUUAGUUGGAGGAAAAAAUCUACACUGAGCUGUCUGUCAAAAUGUAGCUUAAAUGGAUUUGAAUCAUGAUACAAACUAGAUUCUUAAUCCGCAUCCUGUCUGGACAUUUAAUCAGAUUGUUCUACUCGUACUUUUUUUUAUAGAUAUUGAAGAAAUAUAUUGAAUGAAAAUCUAUUCAUGGGUAACAGUAUGAACCAGGGUUGGAACCAAAAUUAUUUUCCAGUUGAUUAGUUCUGCACAGCACCGCUAUUUUACUAUUGUUGUUCUAUAAUAAUACAAUCAUGCUUGAUGGACAGACGAAGUGUAGAGGCGCAAAAUGUAAUUGACAUUUUGCUUGUGGAGAAUGAAGGAGGACUGGCUUGAAACCCUGGGCAUCAUGAUAUGAUGGGCAUUAUGAGUUUAGGAUAGUAUAAACACUACUUCACUGUGUUAUAUAAUUACUUUAUAUAAAAUCUACUGGCCAGAUAAAUACAAUGAAGUUGUAUAGGGAAAGUUAAAAAGUCUGAGUUGGCUCAUCACCAACACUAGCUCUAGCUUUUUGUGUUCUGCAGCACCAGAACUCAAAUCUUGUAUGACUGAAAAAAUUAAUAGAAAUAUAAAAUAUGAUUAACCGGUUCUCAUUUCACUUUUGGGUUAUUUUCCCUGAAAUGGUUCCAACUCCUGUUGUAAACACAGCCUUUGAGUUUCAGAAUGUAUGCCUGUCUUGUCUUUUGCCAUCUUCUCGGGCAGCUCAGUUUUUGUUAUAUGUGAGUUAUGAUAACAACUGCGCAUCUUUGCAUACAUACACAGAAUACAGUAUGUAGACUUCAGCCUUUACUAAUAACCACCUUUUCUUUUGGCAAAAUGAACUAGAUUAUACUUUCCUUUGCUUCAUAUCCACAGACAGCCCUAUUCAAGGUGACGUAUACAGUGCGUAUAAAAAGUCACCACUCCCUUUCAAAAUGUUCGCCUUACAGUCUGAAAUGAAAACAUAAAAUCAGACUUUUUCUGACUUUAUCUACCCACCAUAUCCAAGUGAAAAAUACUCUUUAGAAAGUCUGAACAUUUAUUGAAAUUAAAACAGUAAAAUAUUUGGAUUAUUGAACACCGCCCUGAGUUAAUACUUAGUGGAACCAUUUUUGCUUGAAUUACAGCCAUAAGUCUCUUUGAAUACGUCUAGUAACUUUGUACACCUGGACAGUGCAUUAGUUGCCCAUUCUUCCUUGCAGAAUUGUUCAAGCUCAGUCAAGUCUCGGAAUAUACAAUGUGCUUUUUGGCAAAGAUCAAUCGAGACAUAAUAUUGCCUUUUUUGAGGAGUAUUUUGUUCUUGCCACCCUCCCAUAGAUGCUAGAGUGGUGGAGUGCUUGUGAUAUAGUGGCCAAAUGCACACAUUCACCAGUCUUUGCCUUAAAGGCCUGAAGUUCCUUCACAUUUGCCAUUGGCUUCUUGGUAGCCUCUCUGAUCAGUCUCCUCCUUGUCUGGUCAUCCACUUUGGAGGGAAGGCCAGAUCUAUGCCAGACCAGAUCUAUGGGUGGUGCCAUUCGCAUUCCACUUCUUAAUAAUGUUCUUAACUGUGGUACAAGGUAUCUUUUUAUAUCCCUCCCCUGACUUGUGCCUUUCCACAACUUCAUCUUAUAGAUCUUUUGAAAGUACCUUUCUGCCCAUAAUGGAUUAUUUGCUUUGAAUUGUACUAUUAAGCAGUGGAAUCCUUGAUGAACAACUGCUUUUAUUCAGAACUAAACACAAUUGCUACAGUUGAUCAUAGAUGUAAGCUAAUUAGCUUGAUUUGUGAUCUGGAAUGUGGUUGGUAAUACCACAGCAAGUUCACAAUUGCAAUGCGAAGGGGAAUUGUUCACUUAUCCAGAUAGGUAUUUUACUGUUUAAAUUUUUUCUGUCAAAUAUCACUUAGAUAUGUAUCUGAAUGAAGCCAGAAAAAGUCUAAUUUUAUGUCUUAAUUUAAGGCUUUAAGGCAACAAAAGAUCAACAAAGAUUUGCUGACUUUCUAUACCUAUUUUUUUUUACUUAUUUGUCUUUUGACCAAUCAGCUCUGAGAAGAUGUGAAAAAAGUAAAAAAAAAAUGUAUGUAAUUAGUCAGAAGACCAAUCAUUGGAAAAAUAUCAGAAUUGUGGUAGGCUGUGCAAAUACAGCCUAAUAGAUAUGAUUAUGGGUUUCUUGAUCGCUACGGCUGAGAUUACACAGGCAGAUAUAUUUUUGUGGCUUUUACACUAAUUAGUCUUUUGACCAGUCACAUUAGUAUUUUUCAGAGCUGAUCUGAUUGACCAGAAGGACAUUAACUGAAACAAAAUCAGAUAAGGCUGCCUGUGUAAACAUAGCCUCAGUGUACCCUUCAGAGGUAAAGUGCCAAUGCAUUUCUCUGCACAUUGUGUGUAAACAAACCAAUAAAUUGGGAAAUACUUGCCUAUUUGUUAAAGAAUGUCAAUGCUAUUGUGAGACUGGAAUUUGAAAACAUGUUCUAAUUUCAGUAUCCUUACAUUUGAAGAUUUGUUUUUAAAAAUAGAAAAUUAACCAGAAAAAUUAGGGGAUUUAUUUCUAUUAGUUUUCCUUUAUUUAAUUUUUUUCAUGCCAUGUCUGUAUUUUCUAAAAUUACAAUGUUUUUAGCAGUAACUCUUUUAUACUAUGAAAGUAUGUACAAUUUGCAUAGAGCUACACGUGCAUGAGAAAAACUGUUGCUGGUCUUUUAUCUCUUUAUUAGAAUGUGUCUUGCUGCUGUUUGUUUGUUUGUUAGAUACAGUAUGUCCAAUGUUUGUGUUGAAGCAGUUCCUGAUGUCUAAAAUAAAUGUUGAACUCUGCCUAAGGUGUGACCUGAUGUCAACUGAUCAGACAUCAGCUCCUCUUAGAGAAAUGCAUUAAAAUUGCCCGCUCUAUUUCUAUCUCAUCUCAAUGUUGAGACAUAAUUAUGAGACAAUGAGCUACCACCUCAUUGACUUCAUACCUGUCAAUCCAUUUGUGAACAGUGCAGAUUAUUUAAGGAGAUGAUAGUUUUCUUGCACGUAUACUGUAUGUAUGCAUAGAUUUAUACACUUUUGUCUUACUCCAACACAGCUUUCAAUACAUUUGUAGAAAGGAACUCUAUGCCAAAUACAAUCAAAUGCUUUAAAAAAUAUAUAUAUAUAUUUAAGCAACAACCUAGGAGCAAUUAGGGUUAACUGUCUUUUUCUGGGACAGAGUUUAUCACCUUGUCGGUUUGGGGAUUAGAACCACCCACCUAUAAUUUACUGGUCUAACACUCUUGACCCCUAGGUUACCCUGCCUCCCCAUUAUGAGUCACAUCUGACAUUCACUACACAAUGAACACUAAUUUCCUGUCCAAAAUGUGUAAUUGUUUUUGAAGUGCGAUGUGAUUGGCCAUACACAUGUCAAGCCAUACCUUUACCACACUGAUUAGUCAAGCUGCAUAUAACUGGAUCAGAAGUCGUCAUAUCUUCCUUUGUGAUCAAGAAACUCCAAAUGUUAUUUAAAGGUCCCAGUCAUAAAGGAAGGAUGCUAUCCAUAAGAUGCUGCCAAUGUAUGGGACCGUCCUCUUUUUAGCACUAUGUGCUGCAAGAGCCUUAUUUGCCAUGAAUGUCUCUGAGAAAUGCAAACAGGACACCAGGACUUUUCUAUCAGAGCUAAAAAAGGAUCAGCCCAGUGAAUAUGCUGCUUUAAUGUACGAUGCGUUUGGAAAGAUGAGUAGUGAUGUG